GACAAUAUUUGGAGAAUAUUUUUUUUUACCGAUUCUCGUUCGUUCCCCUUCGCGCCCCUCGUCCAUCUGUCAUCGCAGGCAAUCGCGAACGGACACGAAGCGCAAACUGUCAAUUACGUUGUACACGUUUGACGCACAUGAUCGUAUACGCGGCGAUCAAAACAUGAAAGAAUAGCCGUGAAAGAUGUGGGGUAACUACUGGGGCGUCUGCAAUGCGCUGUGUGUGUUGAUCACUCUCGGCCACGGGCACGAUUUCCGGCAUUUCGACGACACGGUCAUAUUCAAAAUAAACUGGCCCGGGAAAAGCGCGGAAUUACUGGAACCUCUCCCGAACGCGGAGCCGUACUUCAUCACCACCGCGAACAACGAACGGUACAGGUGCGUGAUCCCGGAUGCGACCGAGCAGGAGCAUGAGUACAGCGAGACGUACGACGGGCCGAAUCCCAUACAGCUUCUGCAACCAAUAUUUGCUCAAAACAGUUGCUCCUACAGGCUAGAGUCAUACUGGACUUACGAAUUGUGUCAUGGUAAAUAUGUACGGCAGUACCAUGAAGACAGAGAAGGAAAGAAGAUCAAAAUGCAGGAAUAUUACCUUGGCACACUGGACAAGGCACAAAAGAUGAAGCUUUCGGCCUAUUACGAUGAGCAGGCGAAAAAUCCAAACAGGAAGUUGAACAUCCCUAUUAAGAAAAUCGACGGGAUUAAUAUGCCGUACGUCGAGAUCGAGAUGAGCGAUGGUACAAUGUGCGAUUUGAAUAACAAACCGAGGACUGUCAGGGUACUAUAUGUCUGUUAUAAGCAUGGUAAGCAUGAUGUAUAUUCACUCAAAGAGACCAUGUCCUGCGAAUACGAAGCGAUCGUACUGUCGCCGGUAUUGUGCAAUCACCCUGACUACAAGCCGCAAGACACUGGGGAGAAUCAAAUUACAUGCCAGCCUAUGGACAAUGCACCAAAGAAACCAAAGUCACUCAUGAUGAUGGAGCUUGAGAGCCUAAAACUGCGGCAUCAACAAGCGAGGGAUGACAAGCAGCAGAAAGUGUUUGCAAUCCUCCAUGUAGAUAAGGAGGGCCAGGAUGGUGAACCAAGAGUGAGGGUUGAGAUACAUCCACUGGAUGUCCCAGAUAAACAUAAUAUUGAUGAAUCUAUCAGUGCAAUUCAAACUGAGAAUGUUAGUCCUGCCGAAGUUAGUCCUGUCCAGAAUUUCCUCAGUGGAAAAAAUUGCCUGCACGGAGGCAACGGCUGGUGGAAAUACGAGUUUUGUUACGGGCGUUCCGUCGUUCAGUACCACAUAGAACGAGAUGGUACGAAGACAAUCGUCAAUCUUGGUAGAUUUGACAAACAGAAGCAUUUGGAGUGGAUUGCUGCGCAUCCACACAAAAAACCCAAACCGUUAGAAUUAAGGAAACAUCUCUCGCAUUUCUACAGCGACGGAAGUAGCUGUGAUAAGACUGGUACUUCCAGGCAAACUGAAGUAAAAUUGAAAUGCGUAGAGAAUCAUACCGCAAGCCCAUCUAGUGUAUCAUUAUUUUUAUUAGAACCAAAAAUGUGUGAAUACGUUCUAGGAGUUGAAUCACCAUUGAUCUGUGAUAUCUUAGAAUACGCCGACGAAAAUGGACUUCUGAGCGACAAGUUCGAAGCGAAUUUCGAUAAACUGAAGUCUACAGCCUUGCACGCGGAACAGGACAAUUUAGAUGAACGAAUAGCGAACGGAGAUGAUUAAAUAAAUCGAUUUAUUUUCUUGAUGUUGGUUGAAAACUAUUAAAGCCAUUAUUAUUUAAAUAUCACAAUUGUAAAAACGUUUAUGAUUUAUUGAGUAUAAAAAAUGACAUUCUAUAAUACAUGUAUGAUUGAGAUUGAAA